AUGGAAGCUAUAGUAAAGAACGGUAUACAGCAAUUUUGUGAGGAAAAUAACAUCUUGCAGGAUUUUCAACAUGGCUUCAGGAGAGGACGUUCCUGCCUCUCAAAUCUGCUAGCUUGUCUGGAAAUCUGGACCAGGGCUCUAGAAGAGGGUUUUGAGGUCGAUGUCGUGUACAUCGAUUUCCGCAAAGCUUUUGACACUGUCCCACGCCAACGUCUUCUUCACAAGUUGAGCGACAUCGGCAUCCGGGGAGAUCUUCUGAACUGGAUUAGGGCGUUUCUGGUUGGUCGGAAACAACGUGUCUGUGUCGGGGAUGAUAUGUCAGAAAGGGUGAAUGUGACCAGUGGUGUGCCGCAAGACUCAGUUCUGGAACCAUUGCUCUUCAUCCUUUACGUUAACGACAACCUUCAGGAACUCGACUGCGGCAAACUAAUGUUUGCAGACGACGUUAAGCUCUGGCAAGUCAUUAAGGGUCCGAAUGAUCAGAGAUCCCUUCAAGAUAAUCUGCACCGACUGCAAGCGUGGUCGAAGAAAUGGCUUCUAGAUUUCAAUGUGGAGAAGUGUGCCGUCCUUCAUCUGCGUCCAACCAACUCUCAUUCAAAUGAGAGUCUGAGGACUUAUCACCUGAAAUAUAUAAGGCUCCCCACAGAAUCUUCACAGAAGGAUCUCGGGGUUUGGAUACAGAACAACCUGAAACCAACACUGCAGUGCCACAAGGCUGCAAAAAACGCCAUGGGAGUGCUGCAUGCAACAAAAAGGGCUUUUGUAAAUUUUGACAAAGACCUUUUUGGGAGAGUUUACGGCACAUUUGUUCGGCCCCACUUAGAAUAUGGCAUACAAGCAUGGCGGCCAUGGCUGGUAAAGGACCAAGAAUGCCUCGAAAGGGUACAGCGGCGUGCAAUAAAGCUGGUAAACGGUCUCAAAAGCCAUUCCUACACAGAAAGACUGAAUUGCCUUAAUUUGUUCCCUCUGUGUUACAGGCAGCAAAGAGGUGAUCUUAUCCUCGUCUACAAGAUAAUACAUGGCCUUGAGUAUGGACUUAAAUUUGAGGACAUGUUUCAGUGGCACCUUUCACCCAAUCUUCGUGGUCACUCGAUGAAGUUACGGACAACUAUGUCCAGGCUGAAUCUUCGUUCUGAAUUUUUCACGCAGAGGGUAGUGGAGAAAUGGAACGAUCUCCCUCAGUCAGUCGUGGAGGAUACGUCUCUGCAACUCUUCAAGAAACGCUUGGAUGAUUCUUUGUGUCCCCUGUUUUCCCUCGACGGUCUGAAUCUGAACUAA